AUGGCUCGCACUUCAAAGUUUUUGCACAAGAACAAUAUUUCGCACAAAGAUAUUAAACCCAACAACGUUUUGGUGUACAAUGGAAAUGUUCUCUUUACAGAUUUCGGGCUGGCAUAUGACUCUCCAAACCAAGAAGGCAGCACGACGGCGAGCAUGGUGAAUGGGAUGACGCCAAGAUAUUAUUCGCCUGAGGUAGCCAACUACGAACCUCGGAACACAUCUUCUGAUAUCUGGAGUUUGGGAGUGGUCUUUUCUAGAAAUGACGGCUGUGCUCAAAGGCAGAGCGAUUAA